CCUGACGCGCUGCACUCGAACGGGUUUGUUUCUGGAGACACCUGGAAACCGGGAAGGCACCGAGUGAGGAGCGGCACUGGGGGGUCAGAGGGAGCUGCACGGGACUCUGCGAGCGCCACGACAGAUGCCCUUCUCGUCUCGGGAUGUCACCUCCGCGGUGGCCAGGAGGCUCCGCUACUACAUUGACACAAAGAGGAGGGAGGACGCCUUUGAUUUGUCCGUAACCCAACAGGCAUCGCUGGAGGCUCCGGUCUACCGCAAUCACCCGCCGCUGGCACAGGGGAAGAUGCAGCUUCACAGCCUGAAGCAUUACUUUGCAGAGCCGGUGGUGCGAGGGGUCCACCCUGGCGACUGGACGAGGUGUGGGCAGCCAGAGGACGGCCAGCGGGAGAGCAAAAUCAGGCAGCAGAUCUGGGCUGACAUGACAAAGAUGGACAUGAAGGAUGGCACCUUUCGCAAAGUGAGGUCCUCCAGCAACCUGGCAAGACGACGAGACUCGUGGCCUCGGCGAGCACCGCCACCCUACAUCAGCCAAGGCGAAGUGGCCCGUCUCGUCUCCUCGGCGGCCAAGAUGAUCGUGGAUACGGAAGUGCUGGUUCUGGCAUCUAGAGACCCCGGGGCCCCACUAUGUCACCCCAGAAAGAUGGAGGUCUCCCUACCGCCGCUGCGAGAUGCCAGUCAGGGGUCCGGCUCAAUGCCACCACAGUACAAUGAGAAUGGGGCACUGCCCGCCACCCAGGAGGCUGUACGCCACAGAGGGUCCACUCGUAGGUCUCCAAACCCAUCGAUGUGUGCCUCUGCCAGUCCCAGAGGGAGAAGCUUUCAAAGAGUCGAAGAUCCAGUCGGACGGCUCCUGAAACGAAACAAGAAAUCAGUCAGUCCACCUCGGCCAGAACCUUCUAACAUCAGAAAUCUGUCGACUGGCGGCCCUUCCUGGACUCCAUCGGGCACGUUAGGGUUGGGGACUGCUGAACCGAACAGAUCGAGUGACUCAGGGGCCAAGACCCCUCAGAAAGGAGACACUGCCGGCGGGCAGAAAGAUGGAAGUGUUGGCAAAGACGCAGAAGUUUCCAGAAAAGAAGAGCGGACCGACCACAGCUCACCAGUGGCUGGUAGGCCUGCCAAGGAGUCGCUGCGGGGUGACGAUGAAGUCGCGAUGGAAACCGAAGCAGAGAUCCAUCCACAGGAACAGAACGGCAGCUACAAGGGAGAUGAAGACGGUCAGCUGGAAAAACCCGAAGAGCCGACGGUGCCAGGGGAAGCGACCGAGACAUUAAAGAGCCAGGAUGAGGAGAACGGGCUGAAGGAGGGCUGGCGUGUGCUGACGAGCUCGGUGGGCGCAGACACUCUUGCCAGGGCACAUCACACGGCACACGCUUCAGAAAGCCAAGGAGGUGAUCCUGGAGCCGACUGUCACCAGGACAGUGGCAAGGACGUCUCGGGUCAACGUCACCACUUUGGAGGUCAGACAUCUGAAGAAAAUGAAGAAGACUUCCGGCCAGAAGAGCAGGAGUGUCGGCCCACUGCAGGAGGACACAAGAACGGCGAAGAAAGUCAUCAGGCUGAGCUGGAGGAAGAAAAUCAGCAGGAAUUACAAACCAUCUGCUACUCCGCCAAGUUCACGUCAAGCCCACCCCAGUACACCCUGCAGCGCAUAGCCUACAGCAGCAGUGAGGACGAGGACGAGACCCCCACACCCCCCCAUACACCCCCUGAAAGCUUCCUGCAGAGCUGCUUGGUGAUGUCCGAAGACACAAAGUUCUCCUCCGACAGCCCGGAACCAGAAUCCCACUUACAACAAGGCGGACCCCCGGACACCGAGAAUGAGCGCGUCAAGGACAGGCGUAAAAGUAAACGUUCAGAGAGUCGAGCGACUCCCGCCAGACACGAGGACGCCGACAGCCUCCGCAUCCUGCUGGACGACACGGGGUCCGUCGUAUCGGACAUAUCUGACUGGGGGGAACAGGAGACGCCAGGCCUCUGAAGGGUUAAAAUAAAACAAAAUGUCAACGCUGAGGGCGUCAAGUUAGCGAUGAACCUGCAAGACAAUCGUCAAGAAACGCAAAGCGGCUCGGCGAUUCAAUCGUGGGACUGAGACGAGACAGGCGGGCACACGACCGGCUUAGGGGUCUGACACUGGCAGGGCUGGCAGGGCUGGCAGGGCUCUAGAAAACUCAAAAGGUCUGCUGCUGCUUUAGGUUUAUUUUCGUCUGUCAAAAUGAAUAAAAGGCUUUAACUUCCUCGCCAAU